UUAAAUUAUUUCGAAUCAAGAAAAAAAACAUAAUGAAAAAUGGAAAAACAUUCGAUUUUUCUUACGUCAGAAGAAACCAUGUUAGAUUCACGAUUAGUUGGUUGGACGGUUUUUAUUGGAGUUUUAACGAUAUUUGUAUCAAUGAUAGUUGCACUUCGCCGUCGAUUUAUGUUGAUUGAAAUUAAAAAUAUUUUACAAUUAACAACAAAAGAAUUUAUUGAAUAUAAUAAUGAUGUUACUGAUAAUAAUGAUGAUGAUAAUAAUAAUUAUCAAACAAAAUGUUUACAACAAAUACGUGAUACAUUGAUUGAAGUUAGAAUCCGAGAAAUGGCUAUCAAACAUUUUCGAACAAAAUUAACGGAUUUUAAUGUGUCGAACAACAAGGAAAAUAAAAAAUCUAAAAAAAAUAAAAAAUGUAACAACAAUAGUACGCCAUCUGUUGUUGAUCAGGCAAACAAUUGGAUUUUUUUCUAAAAUCUUUGCAAAAAAAAAACCUGUUGGGUAAUUUUGUAAUUUUUGUGUAAUUUUUUUGAUUAAUUACAGCGAAUU